AUGCUAGUUCUCAGGUUGCUCAAUGUUGUCGCUCCAGCCUACUUCUUGUGCAUCUCCCUAGUGACCUUCGUCCUCCAGAUCUUUGUCUUCAUCCCCAGCAUGUUCAGAGACCCUUCCACCACCCCACUUUUCUCGCCUGCUCUGCUGCAUGGGGCCCUCUUCCUCUUCCUCUCAGCUAAUGCCCUGGGCAACUACGUCCUUGUGAUCCAGAACUCCCCUGAGGACUUGGGCAAGGACUUUAACUUGGGCAAAGGAGCCGAAGUGGCAGACUGGCUGGAUGGAAGCAGGUCCCCUGGCUCAGCCUUGCCUGGCACUCACUUCUGUAGACUGUGUGCCAGAGUCACCCAGAGGCAUGACCACCACUGUUUCUUCACAGGGAACUGCAUCGGAAGCAGGAACAUGCGAAACUUCAUCAUGUUCUGCCUCUACACCUCCCUGGCUUGCCUUGACUCCCUGGUGGCAGGCAUGGCUUACAUUUCUGCUACACUUUCCAUGUCCUUUGCGGACCCACUGGCCUUCCUCACUCUUCUGCCUCGCUCCAUCAGCCAGUUCUUCUCAGGAGCUCUCCUUAGCUCUGAGAUGUUUGUCAUCCUCAUGCUCUACCUCUGGCUUGGGAUUGGACUGGCCUGCGCCGGCUUCUGCUGCCACCAGCUGCUGCUGAUCCUGCGCGGGCAGACGCGGUACCAGGUGCGGAAGGGAAUGGUGGUGAGAGCCCGGCCCUGGAGGGACAACCUGCAAGAAGUUUUUGGCAAGAAGUGGCUGCUUGGACUUCUCAUCCCUGUGCAGAAUGUGGAGAGUAGCUACUGUAGGCAGAAAGAGAAAUAA